GUUCAGUAAGGCGUGGGGCGGGGGGCUGAGAGUACACAGUCACUCCCUCUUCCCUUUGAGUUCCCAGAGCACAGUCAAGUCGGAUUCCUUUGGGAAAGAGCGCUCUCUCUCUCACACACACACACAAACACACACACGCACGCACACGCACAUCACUUUUUGAAACCGGGGGAGCGAACUAAGGAUCCAACGCCACGAGGGUCCACCUCUUCUUCCUCAUUUCACCUGGCUCAUUCAUUUUAUUUGAGCUGAAAAAUUAAGCGUGAGGACAGAAAAGAGGAUAUGAAAAACAAAUAAAGAAGAAGAAGAAGAAGACUUUGGAUAAUAACAUUUACUCAAAGCUUCUCGUUGUGAUCGUAUUGUUUCUCGAAGUGACACUGGACUUUUCUUGCACUCUCUCUUGGUCGCAGGGAGCUACUAGUCCACGAGUUUUGGAUGUUGACAGCUCGCUCCGUUUCGUUUUCUCUGUAUUCGUUUUCUGAUUGCACAGAGGAAACGACAGAGCUGAGCGCAGAGACACCUGCGCGCCCGUAGAUCUCUAGACAUUUAGGCAUUUCUUUCUGUUUUUAUUUGUAUAUUUUUUACGGAUCGACGGAGAAAGAUCAGAGGACUGUUAGAUCGACAGGGGAAAGGAAAAGUCCGCGUUCAUGUUUGGGAUUCAGGAGAGCAUCCAGAGGAGCGGGAGUAGCAUGAAGGAGGAGCCGAUAGGCGGCAUGAACGCGGUGCGCUCGUGGAUGCAGGGAGCCGGCCUACUGGACGCCACCACCGCCGCGCAGAGUGGUGUAGGUCUGGCCCGAGCGCACUUUGAGAAGCAGCCUCCAUCCAAUCUGCGCAAAUCCAACUUCUUCCACUUUGUGCUGGCUCUGUAUGAUAGACAGGGGCAGCCCGUGGAAAUCGAACGCACAUCUUUCGUUGGAUUUGUCGAAAAAGAAAAGGAACCGAGUGGUGAAAAGACCAACAAUGGGAUUCAUUACAAACUGCAACUCCUUUACAGUAAUGGCAUAAGGACAGAACAAGACUUCUAUGUACGAUUGAUUGACUCCAUGACAAAACAGCCUAUUAUUUAUGAAGGUCAAGACAAGAAUCCGGAGAUGUGCAGAGUGCUGUUGACACACGAGAUCAUGUGCAGCCGCUGCUGUGACAAGAAGAGUUGUGGCAACCGUAACGAGACGCCCUCUGAUCCCGUCAUCAUAGACAGAUUUUUCCUAAAGUUCUUCCUGAAGUGCAACCAAAACUGUCUAAAGAAUGCAGGGAACCCUAGAGACAUGCGACGCUUCCAGGUGGUGGUCUCUACGACAGUCAGCGUGGAUGGUCAUGUUCUGGCGGUGUCUGAUAACAUGUUUGUACACAACAACUCUAAACAUGGGCGACGGGCUCGGCGGCUGGACCCCUCAGAGGGAACCCCCUCAUACUUAGAACACGCCACGCCCUGCAUUAAAGCCAUCAGUCCCAGUGAGGGCUGGACUACAGGAGGGGCCACUGUUAUCAUAAUUGGGGACAACUUCUUUGAUGGGUUGCAAGUCAUUUUUGGCACCAUGCUGGUCUGGAGCGAGCUUAUCACACCUCACGCCAUUCGGGUGCAGACUCCCCCCAGGCACAUCCCUGGGGUGGUGGAAGUCACUCUGUCCUACAAGUCCAAACAGUUCUGUAAGGGAACACCAGGCAGAUUCAUCUAUACAGCACUGAAUGAGCCCACCAUUGACUAUGGGUUCCAGCGGUUACAGAAGGUCAUCCCCAGACAUCCAGGUGAUCCUGAACGCUUGCCAAAGGAAGUGAUUCUGAAAAGAGCAGCAGAUCUUGUAGAAGCCCUGUAUGGGAUGCCACACAAUAAUCAGGAGAUCAUUCUGAAGAGGGCAGCCGACAUUGCCGAGGCGCUCUACAACGUACCACGUACCCACAACCAGCUCUCGGGCCUGGCGAAUAGCUCUGUGCACACUGGCAUGAUGGGCGUCAACUCUUUCCAUGGCCAGCUUGCUGUCAACGUCUCUGAAUCCACACAGGGAGCCAAUCAGGGUUUUAGUCGGAACACAAGUAGUGUGUCUCCUCAUGGUUAUGUGCCCAGCACGACACCCCAGCAGAGCAGCUACAGUACCGUGAGCACGAGUAUGAACGGAUAUGGUAACAGCGGCAUGACCACGCUAGGAGGAUCACCCAACUUCCUAAAUGGCUCAGCUGCUAAUUCCCCCUAUGCCAUCGUGCCCUCCAGUCCCACCAUGGCCUCCUCUACCAGCUUGCCCUCCAACUGCAGCAGUUCCUCAGGCAUAUUCUCCUUCUCACCAGCCAACAUGGUGUCGGCUGUUAAACAGAAGAGCGCCUUUGCCCCAGUGGUGCGUCCCCAGGCCUCACCACCUCCCACCUGCACCAGUGCCAACGGCAACGGUCUCCAAGUAGAUCAGUCUUUUGUGGACUCUAGCAAGUAUUCCACAGCCAGCUCCCUGCAGGGACUGGCCUUCUCCUGAACAAUCACAGGGAUGAUCGUUCCUCCCAUGUAGUGGCUCCUGAGCUGCUGAUGAGACACGUUUUAUAUCAGCUCAUGCUCAAAACCCCCUCAGUCUGGACCCUGAAGGUCUGCCUAUCUCCAUGAGGACAAUGAGGAGGGAAAAAAAAAACAAACAAAAAAAACAAAAGAUAAACCCCAACUUUGAAAACUCAGGCCUUUUUACAAGGAAUUCGAAAUGAUGGGAAAAGUAUGGGGUGUUGGUUUGAUUUUUUUCUAAAUCCAUUUUUAAGCUCAAAGUCAUUUUGAAGUGAACAUUAAAUGCGUUUUAUACAGACUGUACCAUACACAUAUGACACUAUGAAAGCAGUUUCAACUAUAAUGUUUCUGUUGUAUAGCAGUGAGAGGAGAAGAGGGGAAAAUUGCAGUUCUGUUUAAUAAGUGUUUAAAUUUAUGUUUUAUGUUUUUGAGAUGUUUAAGAAAUUUAUAAUGCUGAACAACUGUGUAAACAGUUUUUUUUUUCUGUAAAAACAAAAUGAAAAAUUAACUUUUUACUAUCAUGGCACUAGUCUGUGGCCAACAAAUGAAGUUUGCCAUAUGUGUUGCUUCUUGUUUAGUUGGUUAGGUUUUACCACCAUAUUUAGUAAUCUUUAGUAUUGAUUCUGCAGGUACAUGCCGGUUUGAUUAUCUGUCUUAAUGGACAGGAGAACACUUUAAAAAGCAGUCAUGAGCUGAUUUUCAGUAGCCUUCCUGCCCACUGUGAAGAUCCCAGACCCACAUCCUGCUCCCAGGAAGGAGUGCUCGAGGAAUAGAAGUUUUUAAACAAACCCAUAUUUAUAUUUGUAUAAAAAAUAAUUUGCUGCUCAUCAGUGCCAGAAUACAGUAUGUAGUCGACAAAAAAUGUUCACUCUGAGUUGCUUUGCUCUGUUAGCUUUGAAUAUUUUUACAUGUCCUAUUCGUUUGAUGCAACAGAAUGACGUCAUACGAAACUAUGACGUUCUAUUUGAUGUUCAGGUUGUUGUUUUAUUUCCAAUGAAAACAAACAUAAUAUACCACAAGCCUGUGAUUAUUACUUUUUCUCCAUGUGUCAUCUUUGCUGUGAAGGAUCAAAUGAAGGGAGGCAGGAGAGGAAUGCGUGCCUGCUUUGGCUGCUAAAACAACCACGAGGAGAAUGAACAGAGGAUGUUGAUCUUUAGCCCACCACUGUAACAGCCUCCUUUUCAAAAAGUGUUUUUCACAUCAAAACUUUUAAUCAUUUAAUCAGCUCUCUCUGCUAGUCAAUUAUUUUGUGUGUAUAUAUAUAUAUAUUCUUGUUUUUCAAAAUUGUUACAUAUAUUUAUAUAUUGAAAUGUCUUACGGCAGCUUUUCAAUUUAGUAUCACCAGUGAUCUGUACUCUUAACUGAUCGAUUCUAAUCUAAUCCUCUCACUGACUGUAGUGAAGAAAAGCAACAGAAACAAGAAACCAACGUGACUCUGCAAAUUAAAAAUAGGUUCUGUAAAAUGUUUAUACAUAUAUAUAUAUAGAUAUAUAUAUAUGAUGUAUUUAAAGAUUGUACAUUGCUUUUCUCCCCUCAUUUGAUUCGACUGUGUACAUUUAUAUGUGAUCAUGUGCCGCUGUAUUCACCACCUUCGUCUUCGUUUUUCAAAUGUACUUCAUUGAUUGUUUGUACUUACUGUUUAUGUUUGCCAUGCUCUCAUUUUUAAGUUACAUUCAUGAAAAAAAUUCAUUGUCUAUUUUUGUAUAAUUUGUAAGUUAAGCAAAUUUGUUUCUUUUUUUUUUAAUGUAUGGAAAAAGUAGCAUCUUAUUCUGAUAGCAUUUACUAGUGUAGAUUUUUUAAAAAAUAUAUAUAUAUAUGAUGAAUAUAUAAAUCUAUACUUUUUUUUCUUUUUUCUUUUUUUUUUUUGAGGCUUACAAAAGUUGAUACUGUUAAACUAAUAAUAUGCAUGGGCUCUUCUCUCCUGAGAGUGACAGUUCCAUUUUGUGUGGUGAAACAAGAGGGGAAUUCUCUUUUUUUUUUCUUUUCUUUUUUUUUUAUAAAAUAUGAAAAUACUUUCUUUCUCUUUUGAGUUGACUUUCCUAUUCUUCUCUAUUCUUUUUUAUUAUUAUUAUUUAACAGUUAUUUAUGCCUGCUUGUAUAUCUGUAUAUUUCUGUCUAAGUCUUUUCACCUUACCAGUACCAGCAGUUUAGAUGCCUUAACAAUGCAAGCUAAUAAGCAUCCUAUCACUUGCACAGUCCCGUCGCCACCGUUAAACAAUGCCAUCAACUUUCUUAUGGGACAGUUUUAUGUCAUCAAAAAAGCACAAAUUGGGCAGUUUUACAUAAAUACUGUUAGUAAGACCUCACUAAUCGAAGCAGGGAAGGGUUAAAUGAAGGGUUUUUUUGCAUUUUUUUUUUCAUUCGUUUUUUGGUAUUGAUUAGGAUUAUGAAGGAUAAUGUUGUGUAUGGAGAGACUGUGUGAUUCAUAUUUAAUGUGUGUUUUAGCUAUGUACUUUCCAAGGGGAAAUCGGGUGCACUUUAUUAUUAAUUUAUAACAAAAAAAACUGCCUUUUUAAUUUCGUUUGUGUUUUAUUAGUAUGUGAGGGGGGGAAACCCUAAAAAGCCAUACCGUUUUAGCCAGAAGUUCACAUUUAGCUCACAGAGUGCCGAUCUGACGGUGUAACUCUGCAGAUGGUAGCACACUUUACUCUGUGUGUGUGUGUGUGUGUGUGUGUGUGUGUGUGUGUGUGUGUGAAAUGCUGUCUUAGUGCUUCGCUAAAUAGCACUGACACAUUUCUCCCUCUGGAGCGAGAGGUCUGAAUGUCAGAGCACAACAUGUUGCCUCUCAGGCUCUUGCACUAACUCUGUUUGCUUCUCCGUUAACUCCCUUUCUUCUGCCAGCCAAAUUGCCUGUUGGAACAAUAUUGCCAACAGAGCCCUGAGUGUUUCGGCAGUAAAGUGCAUGGUCCUUUGUGAGCAGAAUAAACUGCUGCUUUCUGUAGUGCGUUUUACCAUCAAACAGAGAAUAUGGCUUUUCAUGAGCCAAUGUUGAGGUUGUUUUUCUGUGUGUGUGUGUGUGUGUGUGUGUGUGUGUGUGUGUGUACUUUUUAACAGAAGCCACUGACGACAAAGUAAUGCUUGGGCUCUUCUUUCAAAUUCUCACUCUUUCAAAGCGGAACAAACUCUUUCCUUAUUUAUAAGAAUCAUGUGGCUGUCCUGCGACGGCCUGUUAGUACAUGUUCAUCUUAAUGAUCAUUACGGGGAGCUAAGAAAGCAACAAACAUUCUUUAUAACAUAAUACUCAAACCAAAAAAAGCUGGUUCGUAUGUUCUCUUUUCCUCUACCCUUUUCUCUGCUUUUUUUUUUUUUUUUGUCAUGUCUUUGAAUGGAUCCACACUGAGCAGUGCUGUUGACGAAAAAAAAAAAACUACUGUAUAGAUUGUUAUCAUUUUUUUGGAUGAAGGCUGUAAAAUAACUUUUAAAAUUCACAAUAUUAAAUUAAAGUUUCUUCUUGUCUGUGA